CCUCCCUUUCUUUUUCAUGGCACACACCACAGCGAAGUCUGUGCGGAAUCCUAAACCAGCCCAAUUUACAUCCAUUCAUGAAUCUGUGACGUCAGCAAGCCUUCGGGCUCCUUUGCGGUGGGCUGGAGGAUUGUGUGGGUGGAAUCCCCCUCCCCUUUAUUUUUCUAAUUCCGCAAAGCUCUCUAAAUUAACCUUCCAUCUUUUUAAAGCAAGAAAAUGGAACAGCAUGUGUAGGAAUUCUUCAUUGUUGUUUUGGAGCCCUCUCUUCCAUCCAAACUCUGUCCCCUCACCCCUCUGAGUGCCACCUCAGGACGCUGGGCACACUCAUGGCACGAUGGCUGACCCUCAGGAGCACCUGAGCUGCUCCUCCUCGCCACACCUGCCCUUGAGUGAAAACAGAACCUUCAAUGGACUACAAGAUGAACUCUCACCUAUGGGGAGCCACCCUGCACCCCAGUUCCUUAAGGACCAGCAGGAGAAGGGGGUGGUGCCAACAGAGCCAACUGAGACCAUGAACAGCCCCAUCGCCACCACUGUGUUGACCAGCGUAAGUGAGGACUCCAGGGACCAGUUUGAGAACAGUGUUCUUCAACUACGGGAACAAGAUGAAUCAGAAAUGGCCGUGUCUCAGGGGAACAGCAACACAGUGGAUGUGGAGAGCACAAGUGGAACUGAAGACAUCAAGAUUCAGUUCAGCAGGUCGGGCAGUGGCAGUGGUGGGUUUCUCGAAGGACUGUUUGGCUGCUUAAGACCAGUGUGGAAUAUCAUUGGGAAGGCAUAUUCCACUGAUUACAAAUUGCAACAGCAAGAUACUUGGGAAGUGCCAUUUGAGGAGAUCUCAGAGCUGCAGUGGCUUGGUAGUGGCGCCCAAGGAGCUGUCUUCCUGGGCAAGUUCCGAGCGGAAGAAGUGGCCAUCAAGAAAGUAAGAGAACAGAAUGAGACGGAUAUCAAGCAUUUGAGGAAGUUGAAGCACCCUAACAUCAUCGCUUUCAAGGGUGUUUGUACCCAGGCCCCGUGUUACUGUAUCAUCAUGGAGUACUGUGCCCAUGGACAGCUCUACGAGGUUUUGCGAGCAGGCAGGAAAAUCACUCCUCGAUUACUAGUAGACUGGUCUACAGGAAUUGCAAGUGGAAUGAAUUAUUUGCACCUUCAUAAAAUUAUUCAUCGUGAUCUCAAAUCACCUAACGUUUUAGUGACUCACACAGAUGCAGUAAAAAUUUCAGAUUUUGGUACAUCCAAGGAACUCAGCGAUAAAAGUACCAAGAUGUCCUUCGCAGGCACAGUGGCAUGGAUGGCACCAGAGGUGAUCCGCAAUGAGCCUGUCUCUGAAAAAGUGGAUAUAUGGUCAUUCGGAGUGGUUCUUUGGGAGCUGCUGACAGGAGAGAUCCCUUACAAAGAUGUAGACUCUUCAGCCAUUAUUUGGGGUGUUGGAAGCAACAGCCUACACCUUCCAGUUCCUUCCACUUGCCCUGAUGGAUUCAAAAUCCUUAUGAAACAGACAUGGCAGAGCAAACCUCGCAACCGACCAUCUUUUCGGCAGACACUCAUGCAUUUAGACAUAGCAUCUGCAGAUGUACUUGCCACCCCACAAGAAACUUACUUCAAGUCUCAGGCUGAAUGGAGAGAAGAAGUGAAAAAACACUUUGAGAAGAUCAAAAGCGAAGGAACUUGUAUACACCGAUUAGAUGAAGAACUAAUCCGAAGGCGCAGGGAAGAGCUCAGGCAUGCUUUGGAUAUCCGUGAACACUAUGAGAGGAAACUUGAACGGGCUAAUAAUUUGUACAUGGAGCUCAGUGCCAUCAUGCUGCAGCUAGAGAUGCGGGAAAAGGAGCUCAUUAAGCGCGAGCAAGCAGUGGAAAAGAAGUAUCCUGGGACCUACAAACGACACCCUGUGCGUCCAAUAAUCCACCCCAAUGCCAUGGAGAAGCUCAUGAAGAGGAAGGGGGUGCCUCACAAACCCGGGUCGCAAACCAAAAGGCCAGAUCUGUUAAAAUCAGAGGGUAUCCCUAGUAUGGAGGUGGCUCCUGCUGCAUCCCCUUUGUCAGGCAGCCCCAAAAUGUCCACCUCAAGCAGCAAGAGCAGAUAUCGGAGCAAACCACGCCACCGCCGAGGAAAUAGCAGAGGCAGCCAUAGUGACUUCGCAGCAAUCUUGAAAAACCAGCCAACCCCGGAAAAUUCGCCCCACCCCACUUACUUACACCAGGCUCAAUCCCAGUACCCUCCUCCGCAUCACCAUGACCCUCUGCAGCAGCAAUACCAGCAACCCCCUCCUGCCGUGUCUCAGAGUCACCACCCCAGACUCAAUAUGCACGGACAGGACAUCACCACCUGCGCCAAUAACCUGAAGUAUUUUGGGCCAGCUGCAGCCCUGCGGAGCCCGCUCAGCAACCACGCUCAAAGACAGGUGCCGGGCUCCAGCCCCGACCUCAUCUCCACAGCCAUGGCAGCAGAUUGCCGAAGGAGUCCUGAGCCCGACAAGGGCCAAGCUGCCCGCUGGGGCUGUUGUCCUGCUGAACCCUAUGAUUCCUACCUCCAGUGCAGGCCAGAACAGUGCGGGUCCCUGGAAGUGCCCUCAGCUGAGCCAGCAGGGAGGAGCCCCAACCUUUUUAAGUCACCAGCACACAAUCCUCUCUCGGAAAACACCCAAGGUUCUGAAAAAAUAAAGGAAAAUGAAUUCAACGGCUGUAGGUCCGCAUCAUCCGUUGGGACCCCUCAUCACAUCACCCCGCCACUGCUACCUCGAAAAACAAGGCCUCUUCAGAAGAGUGGAGAUGAGUCCUCUGAAGAGGAAGAAGGGGAAGUAGAUAGUGAAGUUGAAUUUCCACGAAGACAGAGGCCCCAUCGCUGUCUCAGCAGCUGCCGGUCAUACUCAACCUUCAGCUCCGAGAACUUCUCCGUGUCUGAUGGAGAGGAGGGAAAUACCAGUGACCACUCGAACAGCCCCGAUGAGCUGGCUCAGAAACUUGAAGACCGCCUAGCGGAGAAGCUGGACGACCUGCUCUCCCAGACGCCAGAGAUCCCCAUCGAGAUCUCCUCGCAUUCGGACGGGCUUUCGGACAAGGAGUGCGCUGUGCGCCGCGUGAAGACGCAGAUGUCCCUGGGCAAGCUGUGCGUGGAGGAACGUGGCUAUGAGAAUCCUAUGCAGUUUGAAGACUCGGACUGUGACUCUUCAGAUGGAGAGUGUUCUGAUGCCACCGUCAGGACCAAUAAGCGCUACAGCUCUGCUACUUGGUAAUGAGAGACUGCCCACAGAAGAGCUCGUGACUAUCCUGGCAUUUCAAGUCCAUCCCACCCCCUCUGACUCUUCCCACUCUCUCCCUGCUUUUUUGUCUGGGAAGAGAGCUGCCCUAUCUUUCUUACCCCUAGAAAUGAGCUGCAAUAACAGGAAAUUGAGACUUUGCAAAUCUCUGGAAAAAAUAUCCAAAUGAAAUUAAGUCUCACUGAACAUUUCAAUCAAGAAUGGCAGGGAUCUAUUUUAUUGAAUAUUCUAGCUACUGUAACAUUGAUAUUUAUUUUUGUUUGACAUUUUAACACUUUGUACUGUAAAGAGUGAACUAUAUGAUAUAUAGAAAGACAAUAAUUUCUUGCUAAAAAAAAAAAAGAGAGAGUGAGAGAGAGAGAGAGAGAGAAAGGAAGAAAGAAAGAAGUGGAAUCUAGGAGCAACAUCCUUGGGAAUUUGUGGGGCCAGGAGGUUUUAUUGCUACUUGAACAGGGGACCAAUUCUUUUGGCCAUAAGUGACUGAAGAAGAGCCAGAGCAAGACAUAUUGAGCAUUUUAGAAAAUGCUUUUCCUUCAGCAAAAGGAAAGCAAGUUUAGAUAACUGGUGACAGACUACAUUAAGUUCAGCCCACUUGUCCAGAUGGCUAAUGGAAAUGACCUAGAAAAGUUGGGUCACCAGAUUCUUGUGUCCAGAGUCUUUGAGAGCAUGUGCUUCCUCUAGGAGGAAAAGGAAAGCUGAUUGUGGACACUGAUUUCAGUUUUAAAAUUUUAAGCAGUAUUUGAUAGUGAGACUUAUAGUGUCAAACCUUAUCCUUGACAAAUACUUCCCUUUUAAUGCUGUCAUUGUCAUUUCUUUGACCAAUGUGUUGACGUGUCAGACUCAAGUGCCAUUUUCUUCUAGUUUUUUCCUUUUCACCUGUUGACCACUUCCUUCAGGAGUAAUGGGGGGUAGACUGAGGCAGAGAGCAGGGCAAGAGAAAAAAGAAAAUCUACAACAGUGUUGGAAAAGCAAACAUGGAAUUUGUGAAAGUACUCAGAAUGUCUCAGUUCAGCCACCGGGAGAAGAUGGGACCCUCCCUCUGUGGAACCACGUUGCUUGUCUCCUAGCCAGACUGGUGCAAACUGGACAGACUUUGAAGACAGUUAGACAUGUGUGAGUCUGUCCCAGGUCCGGUCCCGAAGUGUCCCCUCGGUUUUUUAUUCACUAACUCUUUCUAUCUUGGAAAUUUAGUGACUGAUUACAACUAUCAUAGUAAAGGCAAACUAGACAACUUGCAAAAGGCAACCUCUCUUCCACCCCAGUAGCAUCUUUGUAAAAUGCUACUUGUACAAAUGUAUUUUACCUCCCUUUGGAUCAAUGCAGUUUUGAAUAAUUGGAUUUAAAAACUUACGGAAAGAACAGCUUCUGCUGAGCAGCAACUGGAAAGAUUUCACAUUGUCCAGAGCAUGAGGCCCCCUCAUGUCUCCAGGGUCAUGAGCUCUGCAAAGCAUCCCAGGGUACUUCACAGUGCCUUGACUUGAAGGAAGUAUUUUUAGCUAGAGUUUGGUACAAAAAUAGAUGUUGGCCUAGUUGCCAUCUCUGUCUUCAAGGUAGGUUACUGUCAAACAACCUCUUGAGGCUCAACACCUCACAAGAUGGCUGUUCUCCUUGACAGUGACUCACCUGGACAUUAGGAAAGACUUACACAUACAGGUAUUAGACCAUCUCCGGUGUGGAUGAAAAUGUGGCCCUCUGCCGGGGCUCACUGAUUGCAUCAGCCAAAAAGGAAAGGCUGGAGGGAACAGAGUGUGGUUCCUGGCUUGUUCGAUCCCUCCAUUUGUUUACAUUUUAUGUUGAGACAGUGAUUUAAAUUUUCGUGUUAUAGCUCUUAGGUAGGAUGAAGGAAACUGUUUAACUUAUACGGAGAGCAGUAUUGUUUGCAUUAAAUUAUUCCCUUUUGUAUAAAUUCUGUAGCUGGACUACAUGAAAGAUCUUAAGUUAUGGCAUUCUUAUCAUUGUUAUUUUGUUUUAUAAUAAUUACUAUCAUUCUCAUUUUCUGUCGAUCAGAAGGUGUGGUUUAUGGUGCAGCACAAUGAUUGUGUUUAUUGCUAACCAUGAAUUAUUAUGGAUUUUUAUGAUUUCUGUGAAGGAAUGAAAAUGGACUGCUCUUUGGGAACUCCUGGUAUCCGUGCUAGUUGUAUCCCCUAUUUUCUGUGUACAACAACAAUCACCGGAUGCGUCUUCUGCCCUGGAGCCUAAUGGAUACGUUACGAUUUUGACUUGAUCAUGAAAUAUCCUGGGUGGACAGAUAGGACUGAGUGGUUGGAUGGACAAGCAUUUCAAAGCUGUAAACUUCUUAAAGUUUCUUAAGAAAUAAAAUCAUGGACUACAUUAGAAGCAAAAGGAGCAUGAUUUAAUGCCCUGAGAGGAACAGACUUAGAGAGUUUCUGUCUAGGGCCCUUGGGUUAGAUAGCUUGAAGAACUGAAGGCACAGUCUAUAAUCUCCUUCCUGCCAGAGCUCACAGAAUCAACCAUUUUUCUCCUAAUUUGGGUGGCAGGGUGAUGCAAACAAAAGGAAAAUAACGCACACAUACAUACACACAUAUUUAUGGCAGAACAUAAAAUGCCUGGCUGGAAUGACAGCCUGCGACAAAAUCAGAAAGAUUCUAGGAUGUGGCCUAGUGACUUAGAGGGUCUUACUAGAGCUGGAAAAGUGUCUUGAAAGGCCGUAUUUCUACCCUUGGACUUCAGACCGCCCUGCACCAUGACUGUCUCUGUUUCACUGCGGCUAGGAAGAGAGAGGCUAAAUUCUCUAUCCUCUUUAUCUCCAGCUUUUAUAAAAUACUGACACUUCAGCAUGUCCAAUUCUUGGCCACCUGUAGUACCAAAAGAGAAACAUGAGUGUCCAUGUCUGUCUUACACCUUUCCAUCUUCCUCGAAAAUCCACACCUGAUACCUGAUAACCUGGAAAGUUUCGAAUUCCUGUCUUGACUAUCAUGAAAAUGUCAUAUACCUUAUGUGAAUUAACUGCUAUGAGCAUGUUGGGGGAGGAGACACUGUUGAGUCUUCUUCAAUCUGUGUCCUCAAGAGUUGGCUAAAAUUCCACAUUACAUAUUUUUAUUUUCAUUUUUUAGAAUAAGUGACUGAAUAGAGACUUCAGAGAAUAACAGCAACCUCAGUCUAGGUUAAAAGAGAAAUGCCUUCUGUACCCCAGCCUUGCCCUUCACCGCCUGCCUUGAGAUAGCCAGGAAGAUUUUGAAUUGGUACAUUGGUUUCUUGAGAAAAUUCCAGUCACUUAAAGAGUGUUGAGUCAGGAGCUCAGGGAAUUUAAGAACUGAGUCUUCAGUUCUGACAGCUGUGCAACAAUGCUUUUAAAAAACCUCACAGGACUGUGAUUUCAAGCUUCAUUGUCGAUGGAAAGUUCCACCUCUUUGGGAUGAAUGUCCACAUUCAUUUAGCAUCUGUUUUUGAUAGACUGCAAGAUAAUGAGUUUUAAUGUGUGUUUCAGAUGAGCACCAUCUAUUUCUAGAUCGUGUCCUCUGAAUAACAAUUCCUCCUAAAAUUGCUUAGCAGAACUGUGAAGCCCGCAUACAAUUUGAAUUAUACGAGCUCUUCCUAUUAGUAAAAUUUAGAAUUGUUUGCAAAACUGUGGGGAGUUCUGCUUAGAGAGGUAGAGAUGCCAGCUUGGCCAUCUGGUCUAGCCUGCCUGGAUUUCAGCUAUUUUAAAACUUCAGGAUCAAUAAAUCCAUCUUUUUAGAAUUAAGUAUUUUAAAAUAGGACUUCAUACUACUGGACAUUCAUUUCAGAGCCUCAGUUUGCUAAAUUUCCCUCUGAACCUGACAUAAUAGAUUUGAUAACGUUAAAUGCCCUUCCCCGCUGACAUCCUUGGCGUGAAUGCACCCUUCCUGAGCAGAUGGUUUAGCAGUUUUUUCCAUGUCCUGUGUUUCAACUUUUCCCACUUUUCUUAAAAUAUUACAUCUUGAGCUUUCUGAAAUUGAUCUCCAAAGUGAAAUAUAAUAUUCCAAGGAGCUCCCGCCCUGCUCUGUGGUAUAUAGUGUGCUUUUUGUUUUUCCGUCUACAGUCUCCACCAUAAUCACCCAAGACUGAGGUUAUUGAUCACCAUAGCCUUUCCAGUUGAGCCUGGGCAUUCCAGAACCUCUCACGACUCAACACUUGGAGCACCAAUUUGAUUGGAAUUGUGGUGCCAGGGAGGUUUGCCAUUCUGCUUCUAAACACAUAGUUUUCUAAAGGUGGUUUGAGAUCUUGUGUGAUAACUCACAGGAGAACGAAGGGAUUACAUUGGGGGUCUCUGAAUGGACCCCACCCUCUGGCUGCCAGGUGGCAACACACCUGCCUCCACCCACUGCCCUUUGGAAGUGCACUUCCCACUGAGUAAUCUCCCAUCAUUGAUGGACUGAACUCCAACAUGUCUUUUCAUUUCCCUCAUUUCAUUGUAUUAAAUGAGCACGUUCAUUCCUCACCUGCUAUAAACAGAAAGUUAAUAUGUGAAGUCCCAGUCACUUGCUUCUUCCUUAGUCUCUGUACCAAAACAAUGUGUGACAUUCUUUUCAAGAUAUGGACUUGUACUGUCAGAAUGCAUUUAGUGCCUUUACAGGCAGCAAGAUUUGUCUUCUUUGCUGAUUUCAUAGAAUAAAUGUCCGAGUAUGAGUACACCACCAGUUACCCACUUCACCUAAGAAUCACAGUAGUCUGCCUGUCUGCAUGUCACAGCCAAUACUGCAAGCUUAUAUUCGAGUUGGAAUGAGCUAGACUGCCAAGUAGAGGGCCCUGUGGGAGCUGGAACAUUUCUCAGGGACAGGUGGCAGAAGAGGGGAGCGCUGAUACCACUGUUCUGAGAAACAGGGUUGGUCACAUGACCACAGCAUGAUGGCAGUUUCACACAGAACCAAGCCCCCUUCCAGUUGAAUCCCAGGCCUUCUCUCUUCACAGUGCUCAGGAAUGCCAACUCCUGGCUGCAGGCUGCUGUCAAGAGACCAGGCAGAAUGAUCUAGCAGAAUGCUAGCCAGAGGGGUCCCCAGCCAGAAUGUCAGAGCCAGGAAGAUGUCCCAGGAGGCUAACCCCUCCUCAGUGACUGCUCAGACUCUGCAGGUAGGAAGAUCCACUCUGAUUCUGUAUUGCAAUAAUUUGAGUUCCUCUCAAUUUGGGGCAAAUUAACUUUUUGUGUGGUUAAAUCUUAAAGUGGACCCCUUCAUGUCUUCCCUGUCAUCCCGGGACUGGUGGUUCCCCCAUGCCCUGUGUGGGUUUUUGACGGGGCAUCCACUGUGUAUUUGUACAGCCAUGGGAACAAGAACGACUAUCAAAGAAAAUGCAUGGAAUUAAACAAAAAGUGUACUUUA